AGUGGAGUCUCUGUACUAGUGCUGUUUCUCUCUUCACUCUGGCAGGCACGCGCGGAGGAGGGGAGCAGGGGAAUGCGUGAGGGGGACACCGGAGCGCUCUGGGAUUCGGAGGGGAGUGAUUCUUGAUUCUCAUCCUCCACGGAACAAUGCAGGUGGAUGCUGUGCUGGCGCUGCUCUGUGUUUGGUUCCUCUCCGGGGCCACUGGGAAGAUGAGCCAGGCCAGGGGUCACAAGCUGGAGACCUACAAACAAAGCAGGUCACGAAGAGAAGCUCGCAUGGAUGAUGGUGGAGGCCACAAAACUGGAGGUCCUAUCUACAAGCGCAGUCCAGACAUGACCAAGUCCCUCAUGACUAAAUCUGAGCAGCUCCUGAGAAUAGAUGACCAUGACUUCACCAUGAGACCUGCUUUUGGAGGUCCCCCCAUUCCUGUCGGAGUAGAUGUCCAGGUUGAAAGUCUCGACACAAUCUCGGAGGUGGAUAUGGACUUCACCAUGACCCUGUACCUGCGUCACUACUGGAAGGACGAGCGCCUGUCCUUCCCCAGCACCAAUAAUCAGAGCAUGACCUUUGACUCGCGCCUGGUGAAGAAGAUCUGGGUGCCGGACAUGUUUUUCGUUCACUCCAAACGCUCCUUCAUCCACGACACCACCACGGACAACGUCAUGCUGCGCGUUUACCCCGAUGGGAAUGUGCUCUACAGCCUCAGAGUCACAGUUACAGCGAUGUGCAACAUGGACCUCAGCCGCUUCCCCCUGGACACACAAACAUGCUCACUGGAGAUUGAGAGCUAUGCCUACACAGAUGAUGACCUCAUGCUUUACUGGAAAAAAGGGAACGAGUCUCUGAACACUGAUGACAGAAUCUCUCUGUCCCAGUUCCUCAUUCAGAAGUUCCACACCACCACCAAGCUGGCAUUUUACAGCAGCACAGGCUGGUACAAUCGUCUGUACAUCCACUUUACUCUGCGGCGCCACAUCUUCUUCUUCCUGCUGCAGACGUACUUCCCGGCCACGCUCAUGGUCAUGCUGUCCUGGGUGUCCUUCUGGAUCGACCGGAGGGCUGUGCCUGCCAGGGUGCCUCUAGGCAUAACCACAGUGCUGACCAUGUCCACCAUCAUCACGGGGGUGAACGCCUCCAUGCCACGCGUGUCCUACAUCAAAGCUGUGGACAUCUACCUGUGGGUCAGCUUCGUCUUUGUGUUUCUAUCUGUCAUAGAGUACGCCGCGGUCAACUACCUCUCCACCGUGCAGGAGAGGAAAGAGAGGAAACUCAGAGAGAGGUUGCCAUGCACGUGUGGUAUUGGCAAUCCAGACGAGAUCAUGAUAGACCCUCAGAUCACGGGCUACGGCUCCAUGGACCCUAACACCACAGGGCAUUAUGGGAUGCCUGAGAAUGGUGGGCGGCAGGAGCGCAUGUUAGCCCAGGUGGCACUGAACGACCCCCAGCUCACCGGCCACGUGAAGGGGAGGGGCUACGUGAACAUUUGGAUCGACACGCACGCCAUAGACAAAUACUCCAGAGUGGUCUUUCCCGGAGCGUACAUCCUCUUUAACAUCAUAUACUGGUCCAUAUAUUCCUAAUGAUGGUCGUAAUGGUGAUGGGGCUCUCGCUGAGUGGAUCUAGGGCACUGGGGCCUAGACAGAUGGAUCUUUGCCUUCUUGACCCAGCCUCUUAAAACUGACGGACUGCUCUGAGCUAUUCAUGAGCGUUUGUACGUUUGAACCAAGACUGGAAUAUUUAUUUGUCAUUGCGUUGAAUGAAGACAAGCUUGUUGUUGACAGUGUUGAAUUUAACGCGUAGACAUUUUUGAGUGAUGAGAAAUACUUUUUGUAUACUUACAAAAGAGUCAAGCACAUUUCCAGAGAUGCACAAUGAGACUUUUAUUUUUAAGCUAAAACUGUGUUCAAAUGUAAAAAAGAAAAAGAAAAUGAAAGUGCAUAUGACAGGUUAGAGUACUUUUUUCACUAAAAAGGAGUUAACAUAAUUAUUUAGGAUUUUCCAUCCAUUCUUCCAUUUUCUUCCACUCAUCCGGGGCCAGGUCACGGGUUCAGUAGUGUAAGCAGGGUCUCUCAGACUUCCUUCACCCCGGACACUUCCUCCAGCUCCUCUGGAAGACCCUGAGACAUUCCCAGGCCAGCCGAAAGACAUAGUUCCUCCAGCAUGUCCUGGGUCUUCCCCGGGGCCUCCUUCAGGUGGGACAUGCCCAGAACACAUCCCGAGGGAGGCACCCAGGAGGCAUCCGGAAUAGAUGCCCGAGCCACUUCAACUGCUCCGCUCGACGUGGAGGAGCAGCAUCUCUACUCCGAGCUCCUCCAAUGUGACUGUGCUCCUCACCCUAUCGCUAAGGGAGUGCCCAGCCACCCUGUGAAGGAAACUCAUUUUGGCCGCUUGUAUCCGCGAUCUUGCCCUUUCAGUCAUUACCCAGAGCUCAUGACCAAAGGUGAGGGGAGGAACAUAGACUGACGGUAAAUCAAGAGCUUUGCCUUUCGGCUCAGCUCCCUCCUCACCACAACAGUUUGAUACAGUGACCGCAUCACUGCCGACACUGCACGGAUCCGCCUGUCAAUCUCACGCUUCAUCCUCCCCUCACUCAUGAAUGAGACCCUGAGAUACUUAAACUCCUCCACUUGAGGCAAGGACUCUCCACCCACCCGGAGAGGGCAAGACGCCUUUUUCCAGUUGAGAAUCAUGGCCUCUGAUUUAGAAGAGCUGAUCCUCAUCCCAGCCGCUUCACACUCAGCUGCAAACCGCCCCAGUGCACAUUGCAGGUCCUAUUUAGAUUUUCAUUUUACAAAAAAAAAUUAUUAACUGUUCCUAAAGCUACUCCUAACAUUAAUCUGAAUGUAAAAAAAUACUUUGUCAAAACCUUUGCCAUCAUAAUCACCAGUGCAAAAUGGCAUUGUAUGGAAACAAAUGAAGUGGGCAGAACUUGUAAAACUGCACAGUAGUUAUGAUUAGACAAAUAGAAUAGAUGACAACACUUUUAUCUAAUUUAAUCGAUGUGUAAUCUGUCAGAAAAAUGUGUCAUAAAUCAUCCCUGUAUUUUAUAUAGAAUUUUCCAUGUUGAUGAUACAAGCAAAGGGAUUCUGUUUUAGAACUGACCUACUGCUACUUCCUGUAUUUUUUUUUUUUUGUACUUUUCUUUUUCCACAAACUCCCACUUAACUGACACAACUAUGAUAAAUAUAUACCACUGCUACUAUCCCACCAGACCACGUAAUAAUUAGAAAAAUGUGAAAACCUGUCAAAUGCACUCUAAGGGAAAUCUUUUAUUUUGUAAAUUUGUAAUCUGGAUCACAACUCUGAGACAAUCACACACUUUACUGUCUGGAGCAUGCUUGUAUAGUUACUGUGACACUGAUGUUCUAUUAUUUAUUUAGCAGAAUAUUAUUAUUAUUUAUAUCAAAUGCUUUUUUACUUUGUGUAGUCAUUAUUAUGGAUUCCAGUUGCUAGUAUUGUCUUUUUUCAGCUUACAGACCACUUACAUUUUUA